CACUUCAACCUCUCUCUCGUCCACGCACUUGGAUUUUUGUCUGAGAGAGAGAGAGAGAGUGGCGUACAGCGCGUGCUUCUUACACCAGAGUUUUCUGACGUCCUCCGCUGCACGUCCUCCUCAUCUCAGCGCCACGUGGCACCCUCCAAGGCCGUCCAGAUUGUCGGCAGGACUCAGCAGCCGCCGGAGCAAGAUAACUCCGCUGUCUCACGCCGUCUUGCUCUCCCUCUCCUCAUCGGCGGCGCCGCCGCAGUUGGCUCCAAAGUCUCCCCCGCCGACGCCGCCUACGGCGAAGCCGCAAAUGUGUUUGGAAAGCCGAAGACGGACUCUGACUUCUUGGCGUACAAUGGAGAAGGGUUCAAACUGCAAAUCCCAUCGAAGUGGAACCCAAGCAAAGAGGUCGAGUAUCCAGGCCAAGUCUUGAAUUACGAGGACAACUUCGACGCCACGAACAAUGUCACUGUCAUGGUCACUCCUUCCGACAAGAAGUCCAUCUCAGAUUACGGUCCUCCUGAAGAGUUCCUCUCCCAGGUGAACUAUCUCCUCGGAAAGCAAUCUUUCUUCGGAGAGACUGCCUCUGAGGGUGGGUUUGACGGGAAUGCGGUGGCAACGGCAAACAUCCUGGACACAUCGUCACAGGAUGUCGGAGGGAAGCAGUAUUACUACCUGUCGGUGUUGACAAGAACAGCGGAUGGGGAGGAAGGCGGGAAACACCAACUGAUCACAGCCACCAUUAACAACGGGAAACUGUACGUCUGCAAGGCACAAGCUGGAGACAAGAGGUGGUUCAAGGGAGCCAGGAAAUUCGUCGAGAAUACUGCUAGUUCCUUCAGUGUUGCUUGAGGGAGAGAGAACGCUUUUGGUUAUUGUUGGGAUUUGUAAAAAUACCCUUAUGAGAA